AUGAUUGAUUGUCACUGCCAUUUGGCUGAUCCCUCUUUUAAUGAAGAUAUUGGGCAAGUAAUUGAACGGGCCAAGGAGGCUGGUGUAGUGCAAGCCAUCGUUGUAGCAGAGUAUCCUACCGAUUUUCCUCGUAUUCUCCAACUAGCGAAACAAUUUCCUGAUUUUAUUAAGCCUUGUUUGGGCGUUCAUCCUGUUCAGGUUCUUUGA